ACCCCGCGCCCACCACUCCCCCGACGUCUACGCUUGCUCGAGGCACUUCAAUUGGCCUCGUGUCAUCUCUCUCGCUGCUUGUCAAUCAUUGCGACGCUGUUGACAGCCCACCAAGCCCCUCAAUGCCUCUGCAAUCCGCUCUCUAAUUUGCACACCACCCACCAAAUAUGCCUCCUCACCUUCACCCACGGUCACGCAUGACGACUUCGCUCUUUACAUCGACUCUGAUGAUUUCAUUCCUCGUCGUCGCUGCGCCACACAUCUUGCCAUGUCCCGUUGAUCCGCGCACACUUGCCGACUCAGCAGACCCCACAGGAGAAAAUAGAAGACGGCGGAGACGGAGAAUAUCCGAUGGCGAGAUCAAUGAAGACAAUUUGAGCGAAGAAAGGAGGAGGAGGCAGCUGGUUGAGGAGAAGCUGGCAGCCAAGCGCGAAUGUCCUGUCCCUAAGCCUGGCGGGUUGAUUGGCCAGGUCUUGGGCGUCCACGAGGAAGACCAGAAAGAACAGCAGCCGUCCAUUGUUCAGAGGGUAGAGAAGGCGAUAUGCAGGCCAUGGGGGAAGACUGGAGAUCAAUAACGGGACUGGAGAGGAAAAGCAAUACACCGGAUUGGGCAUGUGUCAGUGCGCUAAUAGAGUGGAGUGUGAAGGAAAUGGUGAACUUCACAUACUUCACUCAAUGACCAACUAUAUCACUGCAAGUUAUAUGCAGAAACGACGAAAUCAUAAAAAACAGUUGCAUUACAAUGUACAUAAGAGGAUAUUAGACCCUAUCUACGUAUCAACCCAACGCAGAUUCGCGUACGGAGACUACUUGACUAGUAUGCAUGAUUCUUGGAAUAGCAUGUCAAUCA